AUGAGUCCAAGCAAAUCUUGUUUUUUCAAGAAAAAUAGGAUUCUUGAACCACAUGUGCAAAGGAGACUUGAAUUAAAUGAUAGUGCAGGAAUUAGGAUGAACAAAAAUUUUACUUCACUUGUGCUUGAAGCUGGAGGGCAUGAGAAGUUGUCAUAUUUAGAGAAAGAUUAUAGGAAUCAUAUGGACAAAGUUCGUCGUUUGAAACUCGAGAAAGGAGAUGCCACUGCAAUGUAUGAUUAUUUUGUGAAAAUGCAAGCUGAUAAUUCAGAAUUUUUUUAUGUCCUAGAUUUGGAUGAAGAUGGCAAAUUACUAAAUGUAUUUUGGGUUGAUGCAAGGAGUAGGGCUGCAUUUAAAGAGUUUGGCGAUGUGGUUACAUUUGACACGACAUACUUGGUAAAUAAGUAUGAUAUGCCCUUUGCCCCAUUUAUUGGGGUCAACCAUCAUGGACAGUCGACAUUGUUAGGUUGUGGACUCAUUUCACAUGAAAAUACAGAAACAUUUACAUGGUUGUUUAAGUCUUGGCUUGCAUACAUGCUUGGAUGUCCUCCAAAUGCUAUUAUUAUAGAUCAAGAUAAAGCCAUGAAAAAUGCUACACAAAUUGUUUUCCCUAAUGUGCGUCAUCGAUGGUUUUAUGAUUCCUUAACAAAAAAGGAGUUUGAAGAAAAUUGGAACAAAUUGAUAGAGAAUUAUCAACUUGAAGGCAAUGAAUGGUUAUUUGGAUUGUUUGAGGAUAGAUAUCAAUGGGUACCUGCAUUUGUCAAAGAUAUUUUUUGGGCGGGAAUGUCAACCACACAACGAAGUAAAAGCAUGCACGCAUUCUUUGAUGGGUACAUCAACUCAAAAAUCACUUUGAAACAAUUUGUGGAGCAAUAUGAGAAUGCUUUGGCGAAGAAGGUGGAAAAUGAAAAUGGUGAAGAAUUUAAUUCUCUCAACUCAUACAUCACAUGCAUAACUCAGUAUCCAUUUGAGAAGCAAUUUCAAAAAGCUUACACUAUUGCAAAAUUUAAGGAGUUCCAACAGGAGGUUGUAGGACAGCUUCAUUGCAAUUUAUCUUUGUAUACACAAGGUCCUGAUUUUUCUGUAUAUGAAGUGAGUGAAGAUGUUCCAUUUGGAGAGAACUUUCGAUUAGCAACUUUCAUUGUCUAUUUUGAUAAGGAAAACUUUGACACAAAUUGUAGUUGUCGACUGUUCGAGUUUAGGGGAAUAGUGUGCAGACAUCAAAUUGUGGUAUAA